AUGCAUGUUACGUCUUCAAUAGAGACUGACGCGCAGUCAUCGUCAGCGCUCUAUUUCUACGACCGCGUUCUGACGUUUGGGCAAGAAGUGGACCUCAUAUGGCGGCGCGAAAGGAUCGGAAUUGCUGUGCCUACGUUCUACGUAACCUUGCAUGCAUCCAUGAUCCUGGACUUCAUUCUAGACAUCGCGACUCUUCCCAGUGGGCUUCCUCCUGAGGUGCGGGAUGCUCUUGUUACCAUGUGCUUGGCCUUCUCAGCCAUCACAUUGUCAGUGAUUUCUGCAGCGCGCAUUUAUGCGAUCAAUGGCAAACACUACACUGUGCCCUCGAUCAUCAUGGGACUUUGGUUUGUGCCCAUUGCCGUGAACAUCGUAAGUGCGCUGCAUGGCGUUGCCUCAACAGCAUUCGCAGGGCAGAUUGCUACUCGGAUCGGUCUCGUCGCCGCUGAUGCUCUCGUUCUACUGGUUACUUGGCGUAUCACAGGUGGUGUGCGGAAGCUUGCCCAGGUCGCCGACGUCAAGAUAUCGAUUAGUGUGCUUCUACUUAGAGAUGGUAUGUAUACGUCGGGCAUCAAUUGUUACGUUGACUACUAA